AUGUCUUCUGCUAAUAUGCUCAACGUCGACAGCAACAUCGACGCAACUUCUCAAGUCGAUAUGGAAGAUUACAAGGACGAUGUACGCAUCAUUGGCUACGAUCCACUCGUACAACCCGCCCUCUUACAGCAUGAAAUCAUGUCCACUCCUAACUCCCAACAAUCAAUCGCCACUGGCAGAAACAUCGCUGCCAACAUUAUCCACAAGAGGGACGAUAGAGUCAUCGUCGUCAUCGGUCCUUGCUCUAUUCACUCCCCAGAACAAGCCAUCGAAUACGCUAAAAUGCUCAAGCAACAGCUGCCUAAUUGGCCUGGUCUUCAUAUCAUCAUGCGCGCUUACUUUGAGAAGCCACGUACCACUGUUGGCUGGAAAGGUCUCAUCAACGAUCCUGACAUCAACGGCUCCUUCAAGAUUAACAAGGGUUUGCGUAUAGCCAGACAACUUCUCUGUGAUAUCACAGAGUUAGGUCUUCCUGUCGGCUGUGAGCUCCUUGACACCAUUUCCCCUCAAUACCUCGCUGAUCUCGUCAGCUGGGGCGCAAUUGGUGCUCGUACCACUGAAUCUCAACUCCACAGAGAGUUAUCCUCUGGUGUCUCCUUCCCAAUCGGUUUCAAGAACGGCACUGAUGGCAGUGUCGGUGUCUCCGUUGACGCUAUCCGCUCCGCUGCUCACCCACACUCCUUUAUGGGUGUCACUGAGCAAGGUUUAGCCGCUAUCGUGAAAACUGCAGGUAAUGCUGAUCUCCAUCUCAUCUUGCGUGGUGGUACUAAGGGUACUAACUUUGACAAGGAUUCUGUCCAAGCUGCUGAGGCUGCCAUUAAGAAGGCUCGUCCAGAUAACCACCCUGCAAUUAUGAUUGAUUGCUCCCACGGAAACAGCUCCAAGAACCACCGCAACCAGCCUAAAGUUAUUUCGGACAUCUCUCAACAAAUUCGCGGUGGUAACACUUCGAUUGUCGGUGUUAUGGCGGAAUCUAACAUCAAUGAGGGUAGACAGGAUGUCCCAGCUGAGGGUCCAUCUGGUUUGAAGCACGGUGUUUCUAUUACAGACGCAUGUGUUGAUUUCCAAAUGACUAUCGACAUGCUCAACGAGCUUAACGAUGCUGUACUCUUCAGACGCUCUCAAUCACAAAGCAAUGGCGUCUAG